CGCUAUAGAUGAUUAAAUACAUUUUGAUCCAUGUGCAUAGAUCUAUGGGCUACCUGUUUGACCGGAUUCUAUUAGUGCAGCAGUAAUCAGGCGUCGUCCAUCCACUCCCACAGGAGAUGUGACAUGGUUCGAUGUGGGAAUAGAGCGCCAAUCCUAUUACUUGGUGGAUUGAACCUACCAGCUUAUAAGAAGAGCUUCGUUCGCACAUACGAGCACUACAAUUAGCUCAACGUCAACCUUAUCCACAAUUCGUGUAGAAUAACUUUGCCCAGCAUGAAAUAUCCAGCUUUACUGGCAAGCUUCGCUUCCGCGGCUUCGGCAACCAUUUUCUACGCCGGCGUCGCGGAGUCGGGUGGUGAAUUUGGUGUCUGGAGUGCCGACGCCAAAAAGGGUACCGGUUUACCAGGAGCAUUCGGUGUCGACUACAAGUUCAUUGAUAAGGCCGGCGUUGAUGUUCAUGUGGACCAGAAUCACCUCAAUCUCUUCCGUAUAGCCUUCCUCCUCGAGCGAAUGGCUCCUGUUGCAACCGGCCUUGGGAAAACUUUUAAUGAGAGCCAUUUCACAUACUUCAAAGAGGCGGUCGACUACGUAACAGUUACCAAAGGUGCAUAUGCGAUCUUGGAUCCGCACAAUUAUAUGCGCUAUAACGACCCGAGCUCCCAGCCGUACAGCGGCAGCGUGAUUGGUAACACGUCGGAUCCAACCGCUGCUACGACGGAGCAAUUCGGAGAAUUCUGGGGCGAGUUAGCGAGUCGCUUUGCGGAGAACGAGAAGGUCAUCUUCGGGCUAAUGAACGAACCGCACGACAUGGAGACUAGUCUCGUGCUCAAGAAUAACCAGGCUGCUAUAUACGCCAUUCGUGCAGCCGGCGCUAAGAACUUGAUUAUCCUACCGGGUAACAGCUGGACAGGAGGCCACGCCUGGACUCAAGGGCCGGAUCCAAACAGCGCCAUCAUUCAUCAAUUUACCGAUCCGAUUAACAACACUGCGAUUGAUAUCCACGAGUACCUUGACGUCGACUAUAGCGGCGGCCACAGCGAAUGCGUCAGUGAUCCUGCCACUAAUUUGGCAGAUGUCACAAAAUGGCUCAAGGAACAUGGUCUUAAGGCUUUCAUCACCGAAUUUGGCGGUCAUAACAACACAGGAUGCGCCGACAUGUUGACUGAUUUCGUCAACUACUUGGCCGACAACGGAGAGUACAUCGGUUGGACUGCCUGGGCAGCAGGACCAUUGUGGGGAUCUGCCAGUCCCUGCUGUACGGACUCUCGGAACUACGGUAGUUUUGAACCUGGUAGCAAGGCUGCUGAUGGUGGCCCAAGUCUGUACGAUACUAUCUGGCUUAAAGUGCUCCAGCCGCUUGUGCCGAGUAAGCUUCAGUGGACAGGCAAGGCAAGCGUCGAAGGGGGAGAGUUGACUGAGUUCUCGGCUUAGGCCUAAGAGCCGACCUUACGGGGUUCUGCAGACGCGAUGCUACUUGUCACGACUUCGCCGAGGUGGGAGUUCAAUUGUAUAUUACAUUGACCGCUCUUCGAGACGUUAACUAUUUCCGAAUUCUAGAUAGUAUUC